AUGGUGAUCAUGUUACGCCAGAAUCCCCUAGCUCUGUAUCCCAGAAGCGAAAAAUUACUUCUGAAGACCCAGCUCGAUAUGAGAGCGACAUUGCUAAAAUGGUUCCUCUUACUGGCGCUUCAGGAUCCGAUAAUUCGAAAGACUUUUCGUGUGAAAUGUUCAGCAUUUUCGCAAACAAAGUUUGAAACAAGAGUGAGCUCUAUCGUCACAAGUUUGUAUUUCGCUAACCCGUUCAGCCUGAAAGACACACCAACGUGCCAUGACCUGGCGCUUUUCAUUCGAUACAUAUCUGGAAAAGUGAAAGGACAAAGCGAUGAUGGUGCCACUCAGCAUGAAUAUGUGCCCGUCGGUCUGUCACUCUUCCGGAAGAAUCUCAGAUUCCGGUACAAAGAUUUGAUCAUUAAUCAACAUGAAGCGAUCAGGAUCGAAUUCAGUUUCGUUGACCUCUUGGAGAAAGAAUACUCACUCGAUAUCCUCGCAACCGCAACUACAGGGUUACUAGUGAAAUCGUUGGCUUCAUGA